AUGUAUUUGGAGAGGGAAGCCUAUGAGCGCGCAGGACUGAUGGGAAAACCGCAUGGUGUCAAAGGAAAACGGGGGGCGAAGCCACGCUGGAUUGUCGAAUUCGACCUCACAGCGCCAUCCAUGGUUCCAGGGAAAAAGGGAUUUGACCGCUUGGUAUAUGCCAGCAAGAAUGCCCUCGCUCAACCCAUUACAUGGUUGUUUUGCAACAGCUCGACGACUCCCGAUCCCGACCCUAUGUCACAGCACGCUCUCACUGACUGCACUUCCAAGCCUGAAAUCUCCGAGAGUAUAAAUGCUGUGAUCCCAGAGCUCACUCCGGACGUAGGCUUCCUUUCUUCCACCAGCCGAGAGGAUUUCGAGGACUUUGCAACUAGCUUGUAUGAGUGGCUAUCCCUCGUUCGACUUCAAAGCCCCCGUAUCCAGGCCGGCGACCAAAUCGACCCCUAUCUUUCCCGGUACCAAGUUCUCGAUGGCGGGAGCGAGGGCAGGCUCUGCAAGAUAAGUUGGCAAGGCUUCCUCGCACCGUCGUGGACUCGUCAGGCCUUGAUCGAUAUCGUCACCACUUUACCCCACAAGGCCUGGUUUUCGUUCAGCACGACCACUUUUUCCAAGGGCUUGGCUGGAGAUAACGCCGAGUGCAUCAUUCUCCGCCCGCCAAAUUCGUCAGGGGAAUACCUUAUGUGGGAGGUCAAAUAUCAUGAGUGA